CCUAGGGUUUUGUCUCCACAGCGUUCCGCCCUCGUCUCCGCCGUCUCUUAUAUAGCCUCCCCCGCCGCCUCCCGUCCUCUUCCCUUCGCGCACCGCCUCCACCCUUCCGCCGCUGCUGCUUCGCCGCCGACGCCGCAGCCGCCACAGUCGCCAUGGCCCGGAUCAAGGUGCACGAGCUCCGGGGGAAGAACAAGGCGGAGCUGCUGGCGCAGCUCAAGGAACUCAAGGCCGAGCUCUCCCUUCUGCGCGUCGCCAAGGUCACCGGCGGAGCCCCCAACAAGCUCUCCAAGAUCAAGGUGGUGCGCACGUCAAUCGCGCGCGUGCUCACGGUGAUCUCACAGAAGCAGAAGGCGGCGCUGCGGGAUGCGUACAAGAAGAAGACGCUGCUCCCCCUCGACCUCCGCCCCAAGAAGACCCGCGCCAUCCGCCGCCGCCUCACUAAGCACCAGCUUUCUCUGAAGACGGAGAGGGAAAAGAAGCGUGAGAAGUAUUUUCCCAUGAGGAAGUAUGCUAUCAAGGCCUAGGUCAGGACUGUGGGAUGCUAUGCCUAGCGUAUCACCAGCCGUUUCUUUGCCUAGGAAGUAUUUUUUAAGUUUUGAUUUGUAUGGACAUUCCUUGUGGGUGGAAAGUAUGGUGUUUUUGCUCUGUUACCUCAAAUGGCUAAAUUGUUUUAAGUGGCAGUUGUAUUGGCACUGAAAUCCUACAUGUUUGGCGGUAGUUUCUCAUGUCUACAA